AUGUCCCCACCCAAAGCAUCAACAACCAUCCCCCUCCCCCUCCGCCUCGUCCUCCUCCUCCUGGAACCCCUCGGCGCCCUAAACGGCGCCUACCUAACCCUCUUCACCCCCUCCUCCUACCACAGCGCCAUCGCCCGCCCCCAUCCCCCCUCAUGGUCCCCGCCCUUCUCCCCCCAGAAUCAAUACCUCUACACUCAGUUGGCAGGCGCAUGGCUGGUGUUUGCCUUCAACGAAUCAGUCAUUCUAUGGCUCUACGAUGAUCUGAAGUUGUGGAAGCUCAUGUGCUGGGGGAUGUUAAUCAGUGAUCUUGUCUAUCACAUCUCUGCCGUGCAGGCUGUCGGGGGAUGGGAGAGGUUUUUGGGGUUGGGGGGUUGGAAUCUGUUUGAUUGGGCUGUUGCUGUUUCUGCUGCUGGGCCGGCGGUGGUGAGGGUUUGGAUUUGUUUGUUUGCGGGUGAGAAGGGAGGGAGAGAGAAGGGGAAGGGGGAGUAA